CAGAGAGAAGUAACGCACGCUUUCCGAGUCCGGGCCGGGUUUUCAAACCAUCGAGACGGAAGUAACGGCAGGCCGGAAGUUCCAAGGCCUGCACCGGGACCCGAGUGGGGAGUGGGGGAGGAGCAAGGCUCAGGGUGGGAAUGGCGGCCCAGAUUCCCAUUGUGGCCACCACGUCCACUCCGGGGAUAGCCCGGAACAGCAAGAAGAGGCCGGCCAGUCCUUCCCACAACGGCAGCAGCGCUGGCGGAUACAGCGCCGGCAAGAAGAAAAAGGUGUCCGCCUCCGGCUUUGCGCAGGUACGCUGUCACUCGCCUAACCUGCGCGUGCGCGGAAGCCCACCCCUCCCCCUCCCGGGUAUCAGCAUGGACGGUGUGAGUGAGAAUAAGAUGGUGCCCUCUGAUUUUAGCACAGGACCCAUGGAGAAAGCUGCCAAACCUCUGCCAUUUAAGGAUCCCAACUUUGUGCAUUCUGGCCAUGGUGGUGCAGUGGCUGGCAAGAAGAACAGAACCUGGAAGAACCUGAAACAGAUCCUGGCUUCUGAAAGGGCAUUGCCAUGGCAACUGAAUGAUCCCAACUACUUCAGUAUUGAUGCUCCUCCAUCCUUUAAACCAGCCAAGAAGUAUUCUGAUGUUUCAGGUCUUCUUGCCAACUACACGGACCCGCAGAGCAAGCUGCGCUUCAGCACCAUCGAAGAGUUCUCCUACAUCCGACGGCUGCCGUCCGACGUGGUCACGGGCUACCUGGCCCUGAGGAAAGCCACGAGCAUCGUUCCCUGAGCCUGGAGAAACAGAGAUGAGGUGGAAAACCAUUUCAAAAGGCAGACUUUGGGCUCAAGAUUUUGUUUUAUGGAAACAAACUCCUGCUGUCAAUCUGGAAAUGUCAGUGCUGUGCCUUGGAAAGAAUGUUUGGCUUUCAUUGAAGGUUUUUUUUUUUUCUGUUUUCCCUCCAAGUGUGAUAUUUCCUGUUGAAUUAAAUUAUACUUCAGUUGUUGCCUCAAAUAAAGUUGUUUGACAAGAAAGUA